AUGGAUUUUGCUAGAUCUGCUCCGAAUCGGCAGUUUGUUCCUCGUAUUCAGUUUUACACCGAGCCUCCCACAGAUACGAUAGAAUUAGAACAGCUAGAGCAGCUUGCUAUUGAGCGCCUCAAAGUUCUGAAAUGCGUUGAGGCUGUUGGUCAGGACUUUAGUCGUAGUAGCAAAGAAUACGAUGAGAGGUUGUCAGCUGAACUAUCUAAGCUCGGCUCUUUGGGGAAGUCCUUCACUUUUACUUCAAAUCAGCUUAAAAAUAUUGAAGAGGAUAUUCACAGAGAUGUAGCAUCGCAUUUUAUACUUCAGAUUGCUUACUGCCGCAGCGAAACAGUGCGCCGAUGGUUCAUUCAACAGGAGUCGGACCUCUUUCGUUACCGGUUCAAUCUAGAACGAUCCUCAUCAGGCCAUACUUCCGAAGCCCUCAGCGCGUUUCUUUGUGCCAACAACCUUCAUUUUGCAUCUGUCAGUUCAGAAGAGUCGUUGCGUCUUCGAGACCAACUGGAUGCUGGGACCGCCAUCUAUGGUGUCAGCGCAGAGCAUUCUACUUUCUAUAAAGUCCACUUCACUGAGGUUCUAGACCUUGUUCGUAGACGCCAGGUCUUCCUCAAAUCCGGCUACGCCUACGUCCCAGACGUUGAGUUGGUUACCCUUGUAGUGACUCGCUUCCGCGCCUCUCUCUCCCACAGUCUCUCUCGUCUGGGUCUUGCUCUUGUUCCCCGCCUGGCAGACGAGGGCGCACGACUGUUACCUCUCCUUACAAGUCUCUCCAAACGCUACCUCGGAGAGGACGACUUCGGGAUGAAGCCUGUGUUUGGCACCGUCUCUGCCAGCCAGGUGAACGAGUUGGCUCGAGUACCCGGUCUUUUUCCACCCUGCAUGUCGUGUCUGCAUAACGCUUUGGCUGCCAAUCAUCAUCUUCGUCACUGGGGUCGUAUGCAGUACGGCCUCUUUCUAAAAGGACUGGGUUUAUCAGUGGAUGAAGCGCUGAAAUUUUGGCGAAGCUCGUUUGCACCGAAGGUAGAUUCGGACCAAUUCGCAAAGCAGUACUCCUACAGCAUACGCCACAACUAUGGCAAGGAGGGAAAGCGAGCUGACUAUACUCCCUACUCCUGUAUGAAGGCAAGUGUGGGAGAAUUCCACGGUUGUCCAUUCCGUCACUUGGAUUUGGAUUUACUGAAUCAACGUCUAUCUAUCGGUGGCAAAUUGACCUCUGAUCAAGUUGAGGCGGUCGUCAAACGAGCCAAGGACAAUCAGUACCAACUGGCUUGCAGAGAGUUCUUUAAGGCCAUGCAUCCAGAGUUAUCACCAGAAGACGCAGCUUCUGUGGUGAUUAACCACCCAAAUCAAUUCUACGAGUUGGCUCAGAAGGCCAGCAAGGGGAUUCCGCUGUCAUCAAGUGGAGAGUCAGGAGCCGCUAAUCAGCGCACCAACGGUACGAAGUGGCGCGCCAUGAAGGUUCCAUUAAAUGACUCUCAGCUGACGAAUCAGAGCCAAUCUGCUCUCGACGAUACCAGCAUUGAUGAAGAACUUUCGAGAAUUGAUUCUACUCUAACUGCCUCCUUUAACACCUAUGUUUGCCCUGAAGAGGUUGCCAACGGAAUCCCCUUCGAUAUAUACGGCAGUCCCCUCUUCCCCGUCGCUCUGCAUAAUAACUACCCCGAUGAGGUUUUAACACCAUUCUGGGCGAAUGUUUCUGGCAAAUGGAUGAAUAACCUCUUGGAAGCACUGGCCACCCCUGAUGUGUCUGACUGUCUCUUUGACGACCUGCCCGAGUGCGAAAGCACCUUUACGGAGGCAAUGGAAAGGCUCUUUCCUCUCUACGAAUUUCCACAGAUAUCAAAUCACCUGGUGAAAAAGGUGCGUGGUAAGAAGUGGGGCAGUCCAAAGCUCUACGAUUUCAGGAACGCGACGCUGGUAAUGAUCAGGCGAACACUAUUGAUCCGUUGCGUCUAUUGGUGUCAUGCGAUUUUGCGUCUGCCCACUGAGAUACGUCCAAUGAUGCUGGAGAUGUGUCCGAACCCCUGUAAUCAGGCCAAGGUUUGUUCGGGGACGGGAGACGUCUAUGGGACAUGUCGGAUGACUGAGGAAGGCUUUUUUUCGCACCAGUACCAAUGCGAUUGCAAGAAGAAUUAUGUCUGGAUUCCUGCCGUGCAGGGCUGCAUACCAGACAAUCCUUGUGAAAGACAAGAGGCACCGGUGUGCCAUCCGAACGGAACGUUGUUGUGUUCAUAUGACCCUGACUUGAAUGAGGUAUCCUGCCUCUGCAGCCCCGAGUACAUGGGCGAGAACUGUUCAACUCCCGCCAAUGCCUGUGAGGAUUUAAUUCGCAAUCCUUUGCUGCCAAACGGGGGACUCCUAGCCGCGGGUAAUCGAGCCUGCAACGUCAACAACGAUGGUAAUCGUUGCUUGCCUGCACUUGAUCCUGAUCUGGGCCCCAUCUACUCCUGCGUCUGUGCGGCGGGCCGAUGGACUGGGGAUAUCAGUCUGGGCUACGACAACUGUCUGAAGAAGGUGACCAAGUGUGAUCAGAUCAUCUGCAUUAAGGGAGAAUGUGUUGAUAGCCGUGAUGGCAAGGAGGCGGUUAAUAGGCGCAACUUGUGCUUGUUCGAUGAACAUUUCACCACUGUCAUUGCCUAUAAAUUUCUGAACGUCGGUAGGAGAAUCCUCUACUGCAAUGGCUCAACAGCGGUGUGUGUGUGCAAGGAGGGCUACGAUUCACCAAUGUGCGCGACGUGGACGGGUGUGUGGAGCACAUGGACGCCCUGGGGCCGCUGUCUGCCAGCCUGCGGUGUGGAGCGCUGGGCCAUUCGCACCCGACGCUGCCUUGUAGCAGAGCGCUUUGGCGCGAAUUCCGAGCACAUUGAUUGCCGCGGGCCCAGCGCCGAAUUUACCCUCUGUGAUCCCCACUCCUGUGCUCCUGAGGAAGGUGUAACCCUAAUCCAGUACUUUGAAAUUCGGGAACACGCUCUCCAGGCAGUCCGUGACUGCCGCGCUCCUGGCGCUCUGCUGGAGGUGCUCUUUUCACACCAAAUUGGCCCUCCGAAUGAGGCGGAUGUUCCGAAAGCCCCAUGCGCCAUAAAAACUCCGAUUUCACAAUCGACUGAAUUAACAGUUCACCGUUUCCGUCCCAAUCGUUUCUUCUUCCUCCCUGACCUCAUCUGGAUGUUAUAA